AUGAUUGCAAGGUUUUGGACAGUUUAUGCAUUUUCUAUUACAGUUGUUGAGAUAGUGAAGAUUCAGAGGAUUGCAAUGCUUUCUCUUCGUCGAGGAACGGACCGGUGCAGUUGGACCGGUCAUUGCAGGCGAACCCAACUUCGCCCACCGUUUUGGUUCGGCCUAGAAGCAAUCACGAACCGGCCGGUUCAGAUCCAUCGGAGGUUAAGUUAUCCCAUGCAUGAAGAUCACGAGAGUCGCCGACUCGGAGGAAGUCCAGACAUGGCAGUCAAAUAUAUUGGAGCUGUGACUGCAGCCUUCGCAAUUGCAUAUCUAUUUGAUAUGGCUAUUGCUGAAAAGAAGAUAUUUGGAGGCUCCACUCCAAAGACUGUUGCUGACAAGGAGUGGUGGGAAGCAACCGAUAAAAAGUUUCAAGCCUGGCCACGAACUGCUGGACCACCGGUUGUCAUGAACCCUAUCAGCCGUCAGAAUUUCAUUGUCAAGUCAAAUGAAUCUUAAGGUACGAUGUGGCCUUCUUUUGCUGGGAAGGAUGGCUUUCACGCGUCCCAGCUCUGCUGUCGCAAAUGGAAUACUUUCCUUUUUGGUUACACAAAUGCUUUCCUUUGUAAUGAAGCUUCUUUGUAGUUUUGGAUAUGCUGAAUGAGCCUUCAACUGAAUAAAAGCUCAGGAAACUUCUUUGAUUGUGAUUAUUCAACAGUAGAUAAAUUUUGUGAUCUUGUAAGCUGUUGCUACAUGUCCAUCAAUGCAUACCUCUUUAUGGA